AUGUUUAAAUCGGCUGUUUCUAAAAGAUUGUCCAUGUACGGGACUACUCCAUUAAAACUAUCUCUCGUGAAAAAUGCACCACUUUUAACUAGACCAAUUGCCAACAGAUUUGCGUCCACAAAGACUAUGACUGUCAGAGAAGCUCUAAAUUCUGCACUUGCUGAAGAAUUGGACCGUGAUGACGACGUUUUUGUCAUUGGUGAAGAAGUGGCGCAAUACAAUGGUGCAUAUAAAGUUACCAAAGGGUUACUAGAUCGUUUUGGUGAACGUCGUGUCGUGGAUACCCCAAUCACUGAGUACGGGUUUACUGGUCUGGCAGUUGGUGCUGCUUUUAAAGGUUUGAAACCCGUUGUUGAAUUCAUGUCUUUUAAUUUCUCCAUGCAAGCUAUUGACCAUGUAAUAAAUUCUGCUGCAAAGACCCAUUAUAUGUCUGGAGGGACUCAAAAGUGUCAAAUUGUAUUCAGAGGUCCCAAUGGAAGUGCUGUAGGGGUUGCUGCUCAACAUUCACAAGAUUUCUCUGCAUGGUACGGUUCCAUCCCAGGUUUAAAAGUUCUUGUGCCAUACUCUGCAGAAGAUGCAAGAGGUCUUUUGAAAGCUGCUAUCAGAGACCCAAACCCUGUUGUUUUCUUAGAGAAUGAACUGCUAUAUGGUGAAAGUUUCGAAGUCUCUGAAGAAGCCUUAUCCCCAGACUUCACUUUACCAUAUAGAGCUAAGAUCGAAAGAGAGGGGAAAGAUGUUUCCAUUGUCACAUACACAAGAAAUGUGCAAUUCGCCUUGGAGGCAGCCAAGAUUUUACAAGAACAAUAUAAUGUCUCCGCUGAGGUUAUCAAUUUAAGGUCUAUUAGACCAUUAGACGUCGACGCGUUAAUAAAGACCGUCAAGAAGACCAAUCAUUUGGUCACUGUAGAAUCCACAUUCCCUGCAUUUGGUGUGGGUUCUGAAAUCGUUGCACAGAUUAUGGAAUCCGAAGCAUUCGAUUAUUUAGAUGCUCCUGUACACAGAGUCACUGGUGCAGAUGUUCCAACCCCAUAUGCUAAAGAAUUAGAAGAUUUCGCAUUCCCUGAUGCUCCAACAAUCGUUAAAGCAGUUAAAAAAGUUUUAUCCAUUGAAUAA